AUGGUGGACCUGGGAGGUGACAGGGACGUCGGGGAUCUACCACAAGGACCUGGGCAUCGACCCGUGCCGCACGUAGCGGGAUCUGUCCAUGGUGGACUUCAACUCUUCAAGCGCUUCCUCAUGUGGCAGUACGGUACGCGCUGCCACGGGAGCACACCAUCCGGACGGAGAUCAGCCGGAGGAGGCGGUGGAGCCCGGGCGGUGGAGGCCACGGUUGCUUGUCUCACCCGUCGAUCGUGGCGGCGGUUCGUGAACCUCCCAGAGAUCGUGGCGCUAGCAGAGGAGGUUGGGAUCGACGCGAUGGCGUCGUACCUGAUGUCUGCGACGACGGCGGUGGCCCUGGCGGCACACCUGUGGGAGGAGAUCGACAUCGACGUGGGCGGACUACAGGUGGCCCUGGCGGCACUCCAUCUAUGGUUUGUAGUUUUGUACAUGCCAUGA